UGUCAGCGUGCAGUUGAAUUAGAGCGACAACUAACGUUAGAAAAUAAAGCGACUAUUGAAGAAAACAUGCCCGACAGUGUGAGAUCUUGUUUGAAUACAUCCCAAGAAUCCUUAAUAGAUCCUCAUCCUGUAACGUUCGAUACAGUAAUUCGUGUGAUGGCGUCUUAUGAUAUGGGGUGGACUACAAGAGGAACUGGUCGCGACUAUGAUAGUCUUAAUGGUUUUGGAUCUAUAGUAGGCCACUUCAGUCAGCAAAUUUUAGAUUACUCAACAUGUAAUCGAAAGUGCAAAAAAUGUGACAUGGGACAUACUCCUUUCGAUCAUGAUUGCAGACUGAAUUUUAGAGGCUCUGCCAAAGCCAUGGAAUCGCAUGCAGCAAACAAACUAGUCAAUGAAAGUGAUAUUUUAAAAUAAAAAGAUGUCAAAAUUGGCAUUCUUGUUGGUGACGACGAUAGUUCCGCCAUAGCUGCUUGUCGAGCAGGUGCUUCGCAUUCAAUUGCAAAAUUAUCAGAUGUCAACCAUACAUCCAAAGGAGUGAAGAAAUGCUUGUAUAAUAUAGAAAAACAGCACAAAGAGUUGACAAAAGACGGAAUAACCUACUUUCACAGAUGUUUCACAUACGAUAGGUGCGUUCGGGAAGACGCUAUUAGUGCUAUUUGCUUAUUUUAUCCUUGUUUUACACCUGAUGAGCGAUAAAGAUAGAAUGAUGCAAUAGCGCUAAUAGCGCGCUUUCCGAACGUAGCCGAUAUGACCCAGAAUAGGGGUAAAAGUACAGCUAUGGCCGAGACGAUAAGGAGUAUCCCUUAUCAUGCGUUCAAUCAGCAUGAAAAAUGCGGCCAAUGAUGUGGAUACGUGAAAGACAAGGAAAAUUAUAAUCACAGAAUAAUUCCAGGUGGCUUUACAGACUUAAAAUUAUUUGAGGCACUUAAGGAAGUCUUUGAUAAACUGGCAUCAAAUGCAGAAAAAUUUUCUGUAGGCGCCUCCAGUAACGUAAAUGAAAGCCUUAAUGCAAGUAUGGCUAGUAAGGCGCAUAAAUCUAAAUGUCUAAGCCUAACAGCAUCAGCCGAUUAUCGAUACGCUUCUGUUGUUGCGCAAAAGAAUAUUGGAGAAAGUUACCCCCAAAUAGCUGCAAAAAUGUUGACAUUGUCGCCUGGUAAACAUCAUUCCAAGCACGUUAAAUGGAUUCAAUUAAAAAACGACGACAAAUAACAACAGCAAGUCGUGCAUUUAAAUUGAGGCGUAUGCAAUUAAAAAAAUAUAGAGUUUCUCUACGAUACCAAAGAGAACUUUCAGAAGGUGUUACUUACGAAAGUAAUUCUGCUUUAUUGAAAGAGCCAGCCGUACAAAUAAAUAAAGAAUGUAUGAAUGAUGAUGAAGGUACUAUGGAAGAAGAUAUUCCCAUAGUAUAUCUAAUUGAUCUCGAAACCUCAGGAUUUCAAAAAAAUUGCGAUAUUUUGCAAAUUGCAGCCAAAUGUGGUAAAAAUUCUUUCGACGUUUAUAUUCAACCUAGUCAAGAGAUUUCUGCAGCUGCCACUGCGGUACAUGGUCUUCGAAAAUGUCAAGCAGAGUUAAUGCUGUAUGGUAAACCAGUUCCUUCAGUUCCACCAAGGCUUGCAAUAACAAAUUUGUAUCAAUGGUUAAUUUUAUUAAAAAAGAAAUGUUAUAUAGCGAUACAUAAUUUGAGUUUUGAUGGAGCAAGAUUGAUUGAUUUAAUAACAGUUUAUUCUUUAAGCGAAGAGUUUGCUGACAUUAUUGUAGGAUUUAUAGAUACCUUACAGGUUAUAAAAAAAGAAACUAAUCGAAAAGGUAAAGGAGAAUGUUCAAUUACAGGAUUAACAAAUUGGCUUAAAAUUUCUAGUGUAAAUGCUCAUAACGCAGUGCAAGAUGUAUAUAUUUUAGAAAAAAUUAUUAGUAAAUCUGGUAUUAGUUAUAAAACAUUAACAAAAUAUGCAGUGAGUUAUGCAAAAAAAUCACAAAAGUGGAUUGUAGAUAAGCGCAUAAAUAGUCUGCUUCUAGAUUUAAGUCCAUUAAACGGUAUAAUGAGUUUAGAUAUUAGGAAAAAACUGGCACGAGCU